AUGCGUAUCGGCAACCAUGUUCUUCGGUCAUCCUGGCUGAGCCUUCUUACUACCGUUCUGCUGGGCGCGUCGACAGUGCAGUCUAUUGAGCUCCAGAUCGAUAACGAAGGCAGGUCACCCGGCGCCAGGACGGCGAAGGAGGUAGCGACCAAUAUGAUGACCUACUAUACCGGCAUGAAUCCAGGCGACAACCCCGGUAAUCUACCAGAUCCGUACUUCUGGUGGGAGGCCGGGGCCAUGUUCAACGCUCUGAUCGACUACUGGUUCUACACCGGUGACGACACCUGGAACGACAUCACCAUGCAGGGCAUGCUGUGGCAGGCGGGGGACAACGCUGCUUUCAUGCCCAGCAACCAGAGCAAGACGGAGGGAAACGAUGACCAAAGUUUUUGGGCAUUCACCGCCAUGGCCGCUGCCGAACGAAAUUUCCCCAACCCUCCUCACGGCAAGCCGCAGUGGCUCGAGAUGGCCCAGGCGGUCUUCAACACUCAGGUUCCACGGUGGGACAAAUCAUCAUGCGGGGGAGGGCUUCGUUGGCAGAUUUUCACCUGGAACAAUGGGUAUAACUACAAGAACACAAUAUCCACCGGUGGGCUUUUCAACCUAGCAGCGCGCUUGGCCAAAUACACCAAGAACGAAACGUACCAGGAAUGGGCGGAGAAGGCAUGGGACUGGACCACGAAUGUCGGAUUCAUGACUCCUCAGUAUCGCUUCUGGGACGGGGCCAGUGACUUGAACAAUUGCUCGGAGAUGAACAAGAUUGAGUGGACCUAUAACUCUGGGGUCUACCUGCUUGGUGCAGCGAACAUGUACAAUUUGACCGAGGACCCCAAGUGGAAAGAGCGUACGGAGAAGAUCCUCGCUGCCUCUGAUGUUUUCUUUACUCAUGAUCCACCCAAUGUGAUGUAUGAGCGGGCCUGUGAGACAAUCAACACGUGCAAGGUGGACCAGCGAUCCUUCAAAGGGUACCUCGCGCGCUGGAUGGCCCAAACCACCCAGAUGGCGCCUUUCACAUACGAUCGUGUUAUGCAAAAACUCAAGGCCUCUGCACAGGCUGCUGCCAAAACCUGCACAGGCGGUGAUAAGGGAACGACCUGUGGCAUGAAAUGGACGGACCAAAAGUGGGAUCACAGCAAAGACUUUGGUCAGCAGAUGGCGGCCCUUGAGGUGAUCCAGGCGAAUCUGAUCACCCGCGUUGCUGCACCGGUCACCGACGACAACGGUGGGACGAGUAAAGGAAAUCCGAAUGCUGGCGCCCCUCCGUCCAAACCCAAACCUUCGGAGUUGGCUUUCGAUAUUACCACAGGUGACAAGGCGGGUGCAGGAAUCUUGACAGCAAUGGUGAUCAUCACAAUUGGUGGAUCAGCGGGCUGGCUCAUCUGGGAUUGA